AUGAACACUGCUCUCGUUCAUGAUAAACUGUUCAUUAAAACGUUCUGGGAGCAGAAAAUUGUAAACCAUUCCCAGAUGACAGAGAAUGAAGAACAAAGGGUAAAGAACAGUGCUCUUUCAAAGCUGAGAGACGAGUGGCUCCAACGGCUCGAAAAUCGGACUCGGCAUCUGAAGAACGUGCACGAUGACCGUAUGAGGAGAGCAAAACCCCUAAACCUGACGGAACAAGCAUAA